AUGGCACGUGUUUUUCUGUUUCUGUCUUUUCUCUCUAUAAUAAUAGCUUUUAUCUCUUCCGUAAACUGUCGUGUUUUAAGUUCUUUUUCUGACGAGAAAUCCAUCUUGGUCUCGGAUGGAGCUCAAGAAGGAUCCAGCUAUGAUGUUCUUACUCUGGAUCCUCCAAAUCGCGUUUCCAAGAAUGCUUGCGUUCAUGUCUACGGGUUUCUUCCAUGUGCAGACAAUGUUGGAGGAUACGUCUUCCAAGUUUUCUCCUUCGGUUGUUUAUUGCUCAUCGGUGAAAACUUUUUGUCUGAAGGAAGGACUAAGCUCUUUGUCAUCUUCGAGGUCGGUUUUUAUGGCGGAAUUGUGUUCCCUCUCCUUACAAUGUUCACAAGAAUAGCUCUUAUUCUCUCGAGCGGACUAACGGGAAGCCGUGAGAUUGCAAACUCGAUGGUGGAUAAUAACGUUGGAGUCACUGUCGCAUACACUGUCUUUGCUUUGACUAUGCAGUGGGGAGCUUGUGUUGUCUUUGGUUUGUCUGGUUGGGGAUCAGACCAGUCCAUAAGAAAAGGGGUAGUUCAGCGAAUCACUUCUGACAGAAAGAUUCCAAGACGACAACACAUAAUGAAGAUUGUUGCUGAAGCUAGCGUAAAAGCAGAUCCUAAGAACAAGAAAGCUGCAGGGAUUAUGCUCCUGACUUUAUUGCCUUUCGUCAUGGUCACACUAUCAGAGAUAUUUGAUUCAAAAUCUUGGAAAGAUCGUAUAGUUUUGAUCACCCUAAUAAUCUCUGGUUCUGCAACUGUUGUCUACUUUCUUUAUUCGUAUUUUGAUAGAGCAGAUCAAGAGAAGAGCUUACACCAUGCAAAGUUUGAGCUCAUGUCAGAAGUACAUAAGCAUUUGCAGAUUUUUUCACCUCAAAGCUUUAUAAAAAAUGGACAACUAAGUAAAGAGAGCUUACAAAGAUUGUUUGAGAAAAUAGACGUAAACAAAGAUGGAAAGAUCCAAGUGUCAGAGCUUAAAGAUCUCACUGUGGAGUUUGGGAUGUUAGGAAGAAUGAAAUGUGACAUACAUGAGCUUGCUACAACAUUGCUUGCUGAGUUUGAUAGCGAUAGGGAUGGUGAGAUAGAUGAAGUUGAAUUUGAAAAAGGAAUCUCAAAGUGGCUGAAACAGUACAAGUUUAGUUUCGAUAGCACCGAGAGUCAAAGAGAUAACCGAGCUGAGGAUAGCGUUUUGAAGAUGGAACAGCCAAAGGAAAGUCUUGUUGCCAAGUUGCUAUCGCAGAGAACCAUGAGAGCUUCCAUUGAAGUUAUUAUAGGAAUUCUAAUUGUCCUUUUUCUAGCAACGCCUUUCAUGAUGAACAUUGAGCUUUUGUCUGAAUCAGCUGGAGUUCCUUCCUUCUAUGUUGUCUUUGUGGUGAUCCCUUUGGCAAGAAACCUAAAAAACGCUUUGUCUGCUCACUUCUGUCGCAAGAAAGACAAGGCUAGAGUCACAUCAGAUACAUUCUCUGAGAUAUACAAGGAUGUUACGAUGAACAAUCUUCUGGGAAUUUCGCUUAUAUUGGCGAUUGUGUACACGAGAGGAUUGACUUGGGACUACUCUACUGAAGUUCUCAUUAUUGUGAUCGUUGGCCUCAUAAUAGGCGUACCAGCCUAUGUUAGAUCAACUUAUCCAUUUUGGAUAUGUUUCUUGGCAUUUGCUCUGUAUUUCUUCUCACUUGUCCUCGUCUAUCUUCAUUUCAAUUCUCUAGACAAGAACGGAACGCUCACCUCUAACAUAUAG